UCUGGCCGGGGCCCCUCUACCACGACACCUCCAAGUCCUUCUACGCCGCCCUCAACGGCGGCACGCCCCUCCGAGGCAGCGUGCUGGGGCUGCUGAACCCCUGGGGCAGCGUGUGGCAACGCAUCCGUGCAGCCUCGAAGAACGUCAAGGAGCAUAACGUUAGGGGGGAGGGGCUGAUUAUGGGCGGGGCCAUGAUUAUCCGGCGCAGCGGAGGGGGUGACGGAGGGGAGGGGAGUGUGGCCUGGAUGCAUGUGGAGAGUGAGAUCGGGUUUGUGGCGGAUCCGGAUGCUAUGCUGUGCGCUGCGAGGGAGGUAGCGGAGGCAGGGAAUACGCAGCAAGGGUGAGAAGAAGGGUGAGCGGUUGGGUGGAUCACGUGUGGUGAGUGACGUUACAUGCAUAGGGGUAGGAGAGGUGUGAAAGAGGCAGUAUGACGAGGGUUUGGCGACAUUGGCGUGGCCUCGGGUUGGUUCAGAGAGGAGCGUUUGGCAAGUUCCAAGACUGAUAUGUUGUGAUGUGAAUUGGGUGCCAAACACUUGUGCUGGCGGUUGUGAAGAAGGGCGACGCUACGUACAACCAGAGGCCUAAAGCAGACAUGUAGAAGAAUCUGGGGUAGCGCCUGCGUUGGUAGCGCCU